UGGUGCGGCUAGCAUCCGACCCUCCUCCCAUCGAGCUCACUCUACUACUCGGAGGUUGUGUUCUCCGCCAACGCCACCGCCAACGCCAACGCCAACGCCAACGCCAACGCCAACAUGGCCACUUCUGCCUGUAGCCUCAACAGUUACUGCUCUUUAUAUAAUCGUAGCAAUAUUACUCACAGGUCCUUGUUCCGAAUUACCAGUAAUAAACAUAUGACUGUCAAUGCCCCCUUCUCCUUCACCCAUUCUUUUUCAUCAAUAUCUCCGUCCCCCGCUCGUGCAAUUGUAGCCAAAGCAGCUUCAAGCAGUAAAAACAGUAGAGACGCUAAAAAGGAACAAGUAGUGGAGGAGGAGGAGGAAGAGGAAGUAGAGGAGGAAUUGCCCUGGAUACAAGAGAAGGCUUUGGAUUUGGUCGAGUUCACGGGCUCCGUCACGCAGGCCAUUCCAGGCCCACGCGUUGGCCGGAGCUCCCUUCCGUGGAUUAUUGCUGUUCCUUUGGCCUAUCUUGGCAUCACUUUUGCCAUUGCUGUUGUUAAGACCGUUCGGAAGUUCAAUUCCCCCAUGGAGAAGCGUCGCAAAUUGGUCAACACAAAUGCAUUUCUAUGCAAAUCCAUGGAUGAGAUGUUCCAGAAAGGAAGAGAUGCAUUAGAUCAAUCGGCUUUGAAUGGGCUGAUGCAGAAGACUGGUUUUGACAUGGAGGAGAUUUUACGCAAGUACAUAAGAUAUAUGUUGAAUGAGAAGCCAUUUAAUCCAGAUUGUGUAUCAAAUUUGAUUCAUCUUAGGAAAGUAUCAAUGUUGGAUGAUUCUCAAGUCGCUAGCAUUCUGAAUGAAAUUUCAAGAAGGAUCGUUAAAGACAAAGGUCCUGUGGUCAUGGAUAUGACAGGAUAUUCUGAAAAGGGUUUCAAAAGAAAACUUGCCGUGCAAGCUCUUUUUGGAAAGGUUUACUAUCUGUCUGAGCUACCCGAGUUCUGUUCAAGGGAUAGCUCUUUAACUGUCAAAGAAAUUUUUGGAGUAGCAGAUGAAGAUGCUGAAAAGCUGAGGCUACACACUGUCUCAGAAGCCGGGGAUAUGGAGUCACUGGAGAAGAUGGUUGAUGGUUCGGAUUCGGAGGAGUCGACUGUUGGCUAAUCCAAUAGUUCUUAGAAGCUUAGGCAACACACCAAAUUUUGUAGGUUGGAGAAUGCAUCAGUAACAGUUGAAAAGCAGCACAUAAUUUGUCAUUUUUGCUGUUUUAUAGCAGGCUGCACUUGGGAGGUUUAUGUGACGAUUUAUUCAAUUUUAUCCCUUCAAAGUUUUGCUGCAUAAAAUUUUAUUGACCUACUUCUCUGUGAGCUUAGACAGUAUUUAGGGUCGCUAAAGCUUUAAUAAAAUGGCGCGUCUCAAUUUUUUACUAUUUUUUUAUCCACAUAUUUCAAGAUA